AUGGAAGAACCAGUGCAUGAUAAAUUGCUGUAUUUGUGCCAUACUCCAAAGGAUUCUGGGACAGCACUUCCACAGAGGACUAGUUCAGGGAAACAGCCAAUGAGUGCAGCUCUGAGGGAGCGAUUAAGGAAAACAAGGCGUUCAUUUACUGCUAAUUUUACAGUACCAAAGCGUCUCAAAAUAGACACUGAAGAAAAAGACUGUGCUGACUCUGACAAAGGGUGCCCACCAGAGGCAAGUACAGAUUUUUCCAGAUUACCGGGCAGUUCUAAAAAGCCGGAAGAAAAAGGCAUUGAACGCACGUGUUUCGAAAGUCCCUUACAGGAGAGCGGUCUCUCUGGAUCAGCAGAGAAUUCAGAUGUGCGACAGGCUGAUCUUAGCCAGGAACAGUCUCUGGAAGAAAAAUUAAGGCUGGUAAAACAAGUGAAGGAGAAGGAAGAAUUACUUCGAAGGCUCAAACUGGUUAAGAUGUAUCGAUCCAAGAACAACCUGUCUGAACUUCAGGCUUUGAUAGCAAAAUGGAGAAGUGGUACCCAGCUGAUGCUAUAUGAGCUGCAGUCAGCCUUUUCUGCAGAUGGCAAGAAAGUCAGUCUCACACAACUGAUAGAUACUUUUGGAUUAGAAGACCAGCUAUUACACUACAGCAGAACAGACGAAGAUUUUGUAGAUGCAUAA